GGCGUCACCAUGGGGGCCCAGCUGAGCACGUCUCCCUGGCCCUAGGUGGACCUGGAAAGGAAGAGUGAUUCUCCUGAGGUCCUGAGCUGGUCUCUGUGACCACAGAGUCUGUGACUGCCAACCAGAGCCCUAAAUGAACCCCAGGAUGGGUGAAACACCUGCACAGCUGCCUGGGCUGUGUUGGGCCAUGUGGUGCUGUCCCCGGUCUGGUUCCUCUACAGCCUGCUCAUGAAGCUGUUCCAGCGCUCCUCGCCGGCCAUCACCCUCGAGAGCCCAGAUAUCAAGUACCCGCUGCGGCUCGUCGAUAAGGAAAUCAUCAACCAUGACACCAGACGCUUUCGCUUCGCCCUGCCGACACCCCAGCAUAUCCUGGGCCUCCCCGUGGGCCAGCACAUCUACCUCUCAGCUCGAAUUGACGGAAACCUGGUCAUUCGGCCCUACACACCUGUCUCCAGUGAUGACGACAAGGGCUUUGUGGACCUGGUCAUUAAGGUUUACUUCAAGGACACCCACCCCAAGUUUCCUGCUGGAGGGAAGAUGUCUCAGUACCUGGAAAGCAUGCAGAUUGGGGACACCAUUGACUUCCGGGGCCCGAAUGGGCUGCUGGUCUACCAGGGCAAAGGGAAAUUCGCCAUCCGUCCAGACAAGAAAUCCAACCCCGUCAUCAAGACAGUGAAAUCUGUUGGCAUGAUCGCAGGAGGGACAGGCAUCACCCCAAUGCUUCAGGUGAUCCGUGCCAUCAUGAAAGACCCAGACGACCACACCGUGUGCCACCUGCUCUUUGCCAACCAGACGGAGAAGGACAUCCUGCUGCGGCCCGAGCUGGAGGAGCUGAGGAGCCAACAUUCUGCUCAAUUCAAGCUCUGGUACACGGUGGACAGAGCCCCUGAAGCCUGGGACUACAGCCAGGGCUUCGUGAAUGAGGAGAUGAUUCGGGACCACCUUCCGCCCCCAGAGGAGGAGCCGCUUGUGCUGAUGUGCGGACCCCCACCCAUGAUUCAGUAUGCCUGCCUGCCCAACCUGGACCGCGUGGGCCACCCCAAGGAGCGCUGCUUCACCUUCUGAGGGCCGGUGCUGGCCUCAUACACCUGCCCCGCAUACGCACCUUGCCCCGUCCACAUUUAUCCCACCACCACCCCACUCUGCCCCUUUUCAUACUGGGGCCUGCCUUUAGCCUGGCCUGCCCUUGCCCUGGUGACCACCCAGCUGAGCUGGCCCCCGAGGGGCCCCUUUAGGAGCAGGGUUCUCUUUUAGCCACAGUGGGAUCUCCAGGAUAGGCUCCUGUCCUGUACCCCCAUUCCCUCCCCCCC